GAACAAUCCUUGAAAUAUUUUUCUGAAAUUUGGGUUUGACAUUUUUCCUUCAAAUUCUGAUGUAUGCUAAUUCUAGGCGAUAUCUUCAGGAACAUAGUCACCCUGAACACAGCGAAGACCUCUCUGACGACAACAUGGCCGCAGCAAGGAUUGUUAAGUUUGUGACUGGUAACGCCAAGAAACUGGAAGAAGUGGAGAAAAUUCUAGGAAAGAACUCUGCCUGUCAUUUUGUAUCCGAGGACAUAGAUUUGCCCGAAUACCAGGGUUCGCCUGAUGAGGUCUGUAUCGCCAAGUGUAAGCUGGCGGUGGAAAGUGUUAAGGGUCCAGUCAUGGUAGAAGACGUCUGCUUGUGUUUUAAUGCUCUCGGAGGAAUGCCUGGUCCAUAUAUAAAAUGGUUCCUGAAGGAAAUUAAACCAGAAGGUCUUCAUAAAUUACUUCAAGGGUUUGAGGACAAGUCGGCCUACGCUCUAUGUACAUUUGCUUAUUCGGAUGGAAAACCAGAUAGCGACAUUAAACUAUUCCGUGGACGUUGUGAUGGACAAAUUGUCGAACCGCGCGGACCUCUGGACUUUGGAUGGGAUCCCUGCUUCCAACCUGAUGGUUAUGAUAAGACUUACGCUGAACUUCCAAAGGAUGUUAAAAACAAGAUCUCGCAUCGUGCAAAAUCUUUGGAAGCUUUGAAGAAAUUCUUCGAUGAAUCUGUGAAUACUUGAAGGCCUACGCCGUUCAUUUACAUUGUUUUUGUGUGAUUAGAAACAAACAUUGCCACUGUACAGUAUAACCUGGCAUGUCUAUCUGAUAAAAAUUUACCUAUCGAGUAUAUCUAUAUACAAGUGUACACAACAAUAAUAUUGAAAUCAUAUACAUGUACUGUGUAGACGGUAUUUAGCUGCUUGGAGGGCUCUUGUACAAAUGGCCUAUAUAACGUGAUAGGCCUGAUAAAACAUGCGCAACAAAAUGAGCUAAAUAGCGUCUAAACAAUAUAUUAAACUUGUAUUUACAUACCCGGUAAUUUAAAAUUUAAAAAUUCAGCACAUGUCGUUUGCCUUUGAUGUUGAAUAUUGGCCAACAGAUUGACGUCACUGUAUUGAACCUCUCUAUCAAGGACACCUUUGGGACUGAAAACUGCUGCCCUCAGCAGGGAGGUAUCCUCAUUAAAGAAGUACAUUUGAUUUGAAUCAAAAUAACCGUUCCUACAUGUAUUUGGGACCGAAACUAGUUUUCUUUGUAAUAGUGGGUGUCCUCCUGGCUAUGGUGUUCACUAAGGGAGGUUCUAUUGAACUGUGGUCCACUACCUCAAAAACCAGUAUCUAUUAUCUUGUCAUCACUGUAAAAUCAAACUAUAUAAGGCACUCUUAUAUAUUUUCGGUAAUAUCAGAGACUAGUGUUGAGAAAAAGGCAUUUAUUGAAUAUGGUCUUUUUAUCAGGCAUUAAAAUCAUUCGCAGCAUUUAAUUGGGCAAGUCGCCAGGUACCGAUGCCAUUAGCAGGUGUGCAAUGACUAUUUUUCCAGGUGUGCGAUGAUUUACAGUCUACCUCGCCUUUCUCUAAUCUGCUGCGACUAGCCAUGUGGUUUCGACUUUGGACAUGCAUUAAGUCAAAUUUCUUCGACGUACGAUUGUUUGGAUGUCACAAUAUUUCAUCAUACAUUGUACAAAACAUAACAAAUAUGUGCUAGACUGUGUUUAAUUUGCUCAACAAAACCAACAGCAAUCAUAUUAUUUUUCAAUGUCUUGUUGGACACAUUCCUGUCAGCCUGGCAGUUGUUCUAUCCCUGUCCUGUCAUUUUUAGUCCAGCCAUUAUUCCUUAGAAUUGUCUGCCAUUACACGGGUAUACUAUUACUUUCCAGCAAAUCAAAUUUCCUAGCAGUUUUAUUGGGCUGGCCUGCCGGUACACAGCAGGUAUAGAGACGUUCCUAACACCUUGCACCUUCCUGCGGCUGAGCAGGAAAAAACUGCUAUCCUGCAAGGCAGACGUGCCAACACACGUUGUCCUGUCCCAAGUCAUUGACAUGUUAUGGAGCAUGUUGUCACCAGUCUUCAACUCGGACAAUGCAAUAUGCAUUACAUUUGUAGAAAUGUCCAUAAAAACUUCAUCGACAUAGCCUUGUUUUGAGUGAGAAAAAUCGAUAUUAGUAAAUGGAAAUAACAGUGGCCAAAGUCCAUACCUUUUUUAUCCGUCCACUGUAUCGAGUUUUUGAGUUUAGCACUGUCAACUAGGGCAAGGUUGACUGUAUUUUCAAGUGGCAGGGUUUUUUUUGAUGCUGUGAUGACUGUAAUUUAAGUAAUCCUCUUUGAACUCAAUGAAGGGCUGAUGUCUUAAAUAUCAUGAGCAUGAUGGUGUGCGGGGUGGUUCGUAACUGUUUUUCAAGCAAUGCUUUGAUCACGUGGGUCACAAGAGAUAUUUCAAUUUUCCAGUGAUUUUUAAUAA